GGAUUUUACGUUGUUCGCGCAAAUUAAGCGCCCGUUUCAAUUCAGACCAAGUCGCGUUUACUUUGAGUACAGUUGACGUUACAGUGUCGCGUGAACGUUAUAGCUCCUCGGCGCAGACGUCUACUAGUUAGCCGUCGCGUUAGCUUCAUCGUUAGCAUUGAGGUGUUGUUUUACAUCAGCUAGUUACCGUUAGCAACCGCCGCUAACUUAACGACUUUAGCAAACUGGAGGAGAAAAAAAUCCAGUAACGUGGCAUCUUUUCGCCAACGCCAAGCUGCGGUAGCGUUACUACUGUCCUGAGCAGGCGUAACGUUCGUUAUAACGCAGUGAACGUCCGUUAUUUGUCAAACUAUAUCUUAAAUUGAAGUUAGUCUCCAUUUGGGAUUUCAAUGGGCUUUCCUACUAGCGAUGUUGACUUCUAGGUUGGCUCAUCUAAUCGAAACCGCCGUCAUCAACGUAGGAGUUUAACGUGUUAGAGCACUAAAGUGAAGAUCGGCGUCAGGCUCGUGAUACCGAAGUCUUCGCCGUCGACCAGGAAGCCCGUUUAGUGAGAAACAUGUCGCAUGUUACACCGCAAAGAAUGAAGCCAUCUGCGUGUUCACUUUAUUUUCCGCUCUCCUCGUCAUUGCGAGGGUUCAUUAACCGUCCGACUCCGAGGCGCGAAUCAAACGCCUCGGGUGCACAGUGGUGGGGGGUGUAACGUUAACGGAAACCAUUCUGUCACAGAUUUCAAACCAUGCCCUCCAAAACUGCGAAGAGCUCCACUGCCAAGCCGAGAGGGAAAGGGUCGCAGCCCCGCGAUGACUCCGGAGACGAGCUGGAUGGAACCCCUCAAGAAACCGACCCCAGCGGCCAGGAGGACGCACGGCCGACCACCGAUCCGUCCCAAGGGGAGGCGGUUGAUAACCGAAGUUUGGAGGAGAUUCUCGGCAGCAUCCCCCCACCCCCGCCCCCAGCGAUGACCAAUGAGCCGGGCGCUCCUCGCCUGAUGAUAACACACUUGGUCAACCGCAAUUUCAAGUCGUACGAAGGGGAGAAGGUUCUGGGGCCUUUUCACAAGCGCUUUUCAUGCAUCAUUGGUCCAAAUGGGAGUGGGAAGUCCAAUGUGAUCGAUUCAAUGCUCUUUGUGUUUGGCUACAGAGCUCAAAAGAUCAGAUCAAAAAAGCUCUCAGUGAUGAUUCACAGCUCCGAUAAACAUAAAGAUGUGCAAAGCUGUACCGUGGAGGUGCAUUUUCAGAAGAUAAUUGAUAAGGAAGGAGAUGAAUACGAAGUCAUCCCAAACAGCAAGUUCUAUGUUUCCAGGACGGCAAACAAAGACAAUUCUUCAGCCUACUAUAUCAAUGGCAAAAAAGCCACAUUCAAAGAGGUGGGGGCUUUACUCCGCAGCCAUGGCAUUGACCUGGACCACAAUAGAUUUCUGAUCUUACAGGGCGAGGUGGAGCAGAUUGCCAUGAUGAAGCCUAAAGGACAGACGGAGCAUGACGAGGGCAUGCUGGAGUACCUGGAGGACAUCAUCGGCUCGUGUCGCCUCAAGGAUCCGAUCCUCACCCUGUCACGCCGCAUAGAGCUGCUCAAUGAGCAGAGGGGAGAGAAGCUAAACCGAGUGAAGCUAGUGGAAAAGGAGAAGAAUUCUCUGGAGGGAGAAAAGAACAAAGCUGUGGAGUUUCUCACUCUGGAAAAUGACAUCUUCAAACACAAGAGUCAGCUCUGCCAAUAUUAUGUUCAUGAUCUGCACAAGCGUGUUGUAGAUAAAGAGCAGGAGAAGCAGAAGAUCUUGGAGGACACCAAGGAACUAACUGAGAAAAAUGCAAAGAUAUCGCAAGAGACAGAGAAAAUGAACCAAGAGCUCAAAAAUGUGGAGAAGAAACAAAAUAAACUCAACAAGUACAUUGAGACCCAGAAGGAGAAGUUCACACAGCUGGACCUGCAGGACGUUGAAGUGCGUGAGAAGAUUAAGCACUCCAAGAGCAAGAACAAGAAACUGCAGAAGCAGCUGGAAAAGGACAAAGAAAAGCUGGAGGAAGUGCGCGGUGUACCAGCCAGCAGCGAAAAGGCCAUCUCUGAGGCGACGGCACGCAAGGAAGAGCUGGAGAAGCAGAAGGUGAAGGAAGAGAAAAAACUUGAGGCGGUGAUGGAGAGUCUCAAGGAGGAGACCAGCGGUUUGCAACAGGACAAAGAGACCAAAGAGAAGGAGCUGAUGGAGCUCAGUAAGGCUGUGAAUGAGACCCGGUCCCGCAUGGACCUGGCUCAGUCGGAGCUGGACAUCUACCUCAGCCGCCACAACACCGCUCUGACGCAGCUCAACACGGCCAAGCAGACACUGCAGACCACUUCUGACACGCUGCGUGAGCGCCGUGCAGCCAUCAAAGACUUGGAGGUCAAGAUACCUCAGAAAGAACAGGAGCUCAAAAAGGAUGAAGUAGCGCUGGAGCAGCUGAUGAAGAUGGAUAGUGAGACCAGGGAGGUGGUGAGCCAAAUUAGGCAGAAGGUGGAUGAAGCGAAGAGCUCGCUGUCCUCCAACCGCAGUCGAGGAAGAGUCCUGGAUGCUCUCAUGCAGCAGAAGAAGAGCGGCAGGAUCCCUGGAAUCUUUGGAAGAUUGGGAGACCUUGGAGCCAUUGAGGAGAAGUAUGAUGUGGCCAUUUCGUCUAGUUGUGGCGCCUUAGAUAACAUUGUCGUGGAUACCAUUGACACAGCUCAGAAAUGUGUCAUGUUCCUUAAAGAGCAAAACAUUGGGUUUGCCACCUUCAUUGGACUGGACAAGAUGAAGGUGUGGGAGAAAAACAUGGCUCCCAUUCGCACUCCGGAUGACUGCCCUCGUCUCUUUGACAUGGUGCGUGUGAAAGAUGAGAAUGUGCGGCCCGCCUUCUACUUUGCCCUGCGGGACACCCUGGUGGCCGAGGACAUGGAGCAGGCCACAAGGAUGGCCUUCCAGAAAGAGAGGCGCUGGAGAGUGGUCACCCUGAAGGGGCAGAUCAUCGAGAUGGCUGGAACCAUGACCGGAGGAGGAAGAGCGCUGAAGGGCAGGAUGGGCUCCUCUAUUGGUGCAGAGGUCUCCCAGGAGGAGCUCAACCGUAUGGAGAGCAGGCUGAAUGAGAAAGUGUCGAAGCUGCACGACUGCCAGGAGAAGAAGUUGCAGCUGGAGGAGAACGUCCAGCAGCUGCGACGACUGCUCCGAGACAUGAAGAACACCCAGGAGAAAUACGCCAACAGCAUGACCAGUCUCGCUGAUCAGGAGGCUCACUUGAAACUUCAGAUCAAGGAACUUGAGGCCAACGUGCUGGCUGCCGCCCCAGACAAGGCCAAACAGAAACAGAUGGAAAAGAGCCUGGAGGCCUUCAAGAAAGACUAUGACGCGGCGUCCAUCACGGCUGGGAAGGUGGAGAACGAGGUGAAAAGGCUCCACACCCUGAUCGUAGACAUCAACAGCCACAAGCUGAAGGCUCAGCAUGACAAGCUGGACACGGUCAACAAGGGGCUGGAUGACUGCUCCUCCACCAUAACCAAGGCCAGAGUGGCCAUAAAGACAGCCGACCGCAACCUGAAGAAGUGUGAGGAGAGUGUGACUCGUGUGCAGGGGGAGAUGGAGGAGAAUGACAAAUCCAUGACUGAGCUCACUGAGCAGCUGAAGAAACUGGAAGACGAGGCUGGGGAGGUCAUGAAGGCCUGUCAGGAGGCGGAGGCGGCGCUCCCCGAGGUGCAGCAGCAGUACCAGGCGGUGCUGAAGGAGAUCAAGGUCCUGCAGCAGCAGGAGCACGCCAUGCAGGAGGAGUCCCUCAGCGUCCGGCUGCGCAUCGAACAGAUCGAGACCACCAUGGCCGAGCACAGCAACAAGAUCAAGCACUGGCAGAAAGAGGCCACCAAGUUGUCCCUUCACUCUGUUGAGGGAGAGCCGGCCGAGGGACUUCCUGUCUUUACUGCCGACGAACUCGCAGCAAUCUCCAAUCCCAACGUCAUCAUCAACAAGAUGAUGACCCUGGAGACCAAGAGUGCCCAGAUGAAGCCCAACCUGGGGGCCAUCGCAGAGUACAAGAAGAAGGAGGAGCUGUACCUGCAGCGCGUGGCGCAGCUGGACGAGAUCACCACAGAGAGGGACCAGUUCAAACGCGGCUACGAGGACCUGCGCAAACAACGCCUCAACGAGUUCAUGACCGGAUUCAACAUGAUCACAAACAAGCUGAAGGAGAACUACCAGAUGCUCACACAGGGUGGCGACGCGGAGCUGGAGCUGGUGGACAGUUUGGACCCCUUCUCCGAGGGAAUCAUGUUCAGUGUGCGUCCUCCAAAGAAGAGCUGGAAGAAGAUCUUUAACCUGUCAGGAGGGGAGAAGACCCUGAGCUCCUUGGCGUUGGUGUUUGCCCUGCACCACUACAAGCCCACGCCGCUCUACUUCAUGGAUGAGAUCGAUGCCGCUCUUGACUUCAAGAACGUCUCCAUUGUGGCCUGUUACAUUUAUGAGCAAACAAAGAAUGCUCAGUUCAUCAUCAUCUCCCUGAGGAACAACAUGUUUGAGAUCGCUGAUCGUCUCAUCGGCAUCUACAAAACUCACAACACCACCAAGAGCGUGGGAAUCAACCCCAAGACCAUCACAUUCAAAGAGCACCAAGCCAUGACCGCCUAAUCCUCAGGGGACUCACUUUGCUGCUUUACUUCCCCUCAUUAUGUAAAUAUUUGUUCUCUCUUGGUAUUGUCUUAAUGUAAUGCUGCUAUUCUUUAUUAUGUACUUUUUACUAUCUGAACCAAUAAAUGUUUUUCAGUCACUGAAUUUA